AUGGACUCCAUCUUCGGGACUGGCGCCCGCGACGAACUCUUCUCGCCAUUUAACGGCAUCUCUCUCCAUCCGGCUAUAGAACAGGCUUUUGAUAGGGGCUUCUUGGUCAUCGUCCCUAAUACCAAUUUGGAAGCAAAGGAUUCGGCAGCUCCGUGGAAGGAUAAAGACGAACGGCACCAGGCCCUCAAGGAUUGGGAGACGACUACUCCCAGAGAGUACCGUAUCAUGGUCUUGGACGCAACGUCUUCGACUAUGCAGCAGGCAGUAUUCUCAAAGGAGGUUUACAAUCUCGAGUUCAACAACUUGGCCGGCCUACACGGACGCCGGUUGCAGUUCCUGAACGAGUCGCGGCCCAGGACUCGAUAUGUCUGGUGGACGUUUCUCAACGCCACUACGCAGCUAACCUGGAAGGGGUCGCUCAAAUCCUCCAAGUCGUUGAUACAGAAUGAAGUUCUCAAGGGGACAAGGUACUGGGGUACUCACGGAAGAUACGUGAAGAAGAAUAUUCUCCUCGGCUUUGUCAACGAGAUUGGACACGACGUCAGCAGUAUCGCUAAGUCAACCAUGGAGCACGCUAUUGAGGAGGAGGAGGAGGGAGGACCUGCCGAUCAGGGGCCUGACCAGUUAGGGCUGGCGGUCGUCGCGGACCGAGUCGUCCGCCGGGCACAGGAACAUGACGGCUUUGACUAUGAGUUUGAGCUAGAGGAUGAAAGCGAGGAGGAUGACUAA